AUGGCCGCGUCUAUUUAUGCCACCCCACCGCCAGACUUAAGCAGUGAGGACACUGCACUUUCCGAUGUCUCCAAUGCAUCUUCGCUAAAUAACCGAAGCAACAGUAACAGUAACAGCAACAGCAACAGCAACAACAACAGCAAUAACAACACUACCAAUAACAACACAAACUGUAACACCACAACUACAUGUAACGAUAACACAACAAAUACUAACCCAGUGACAACUAAGCACAAACGCACAAUUAUCGAAGUCCUAGCCAGUAGAGGCAGUGCAAGCCAAAGAGAUCAGCAGUCGCCAAAGCGCCGCAAUAGCGCAUCACCAAAUGCGUCUAACGGCGGAAUCACUACAAGUGACGCAAUUACAGUUGAGGAGGCCAUUGAUAGUACAACAGAAGAUGAAAGGGUAGUAGAAGAUGACGCCGACAUGUCAACGACAUUGCCAGCAGAAAGCGCCACAAUGGCAGCCGUAGCUGCGGCAGCUAAUGCAGCAGCUAUGCAGCUGCAAUUGUUAGAGGCGAUCAACGAUGCUGCGAAAAAGCGACGCAAGCAGAAUAAUCCCAGCCGCUUGGGUGCACAGGCAGCCGGAGCAGCUGCGGCAACACUACAGCUAAACAAAAGCACUGAAGGCGCAGUAACCAACGCGACUGCGGAAGCCAUAAUUGCAGAUAAGGAACAAAUUGUGGCGGAUAACAUGCCACCAACAACACUGCCAGUAGAUUAUGAGGAGAAAUUAUCGAAAAUGUGUCUACCAAAAUCUAUGGAACAGUUGAAGGAAACGUUUGAAUUGCUACAGCACAAGCAACAGCAACUUGGAAACAUAUCAUCAGACACAGGAGUGACACAUGCGAAUUCGAACAAUUUGGAGCCUCACGAAUUUAUCACAAAAACAGAGACCGAUUUGGAUACAAAAUCAGUCGCAACUGAUCAAAUAAGCGAAGAGAAGGCUUCGGAGUUACAAAAACUAGCAGAAGAGUUGAGAAAUCCCUAUCAGACAUUUUGUAAAACAUGUGGCGAAAAUUUUGAAACCGAAUUUAAACUUGGCUUGCAUAUGUUGCAAGAGCAUCAAAAUGAGGAGGUCCACACAGAUGAGGCGCAACAAAAGGCAGAGCUCAUACCGUACGACAUGCUAUCGGCCGUGAACGUUAAAAUCGAACGUGUCGAUGAUGAGAGCUCUACAUCACCGCCCGUUACUGCUACGCAGAGCAAUCAGAAUGAGAACGCCGCACCAACAAGUCUCCUAGCGAAUGGCAAAGAGCUUUGGCUGAAUGCCAUGCCAGGCAUGGGAUUCUCAUUUCCGCCAGAAGCUGCUGCGGCCGCAGCGCUCUCGGCUAGCGGCUAUCUUCCGCUACUGGGUAUGUCUAGCUUUCCCCCCGUCGAUGGCUUAAAUCGCCCACCGCUGCGCAUUUUCAAUCCCGAAGCCUAUUGUGAUCUCUGCAAUAAGGAAUUCUGCAACAAAUACUUUUUGAAGACGCACAAGGCCAAUAAGCAUGGCAUCUAUGAUCCUGUCGGUUCAGUGAGUGGUGAGAGCAAUGCCAAUGUAGCUGGUGGAAAUAUGAAUGCCAUGACUCAAAUGUUGCAGUUGCAAAUGCAGCAGCAGCAACACCAACACCAACAACAGCAACAACAACAAAAUAUACAUCAAUUGCAACAGAAACAACAAUUGGCCAUGGAAGAGGCACACAACAAGCAGAUUAGUGGGCAAGCAGGCAACGGUGCUCAACCGCAACAACUCACACCACCCGCACCACCCCCUGUGUAUUGCGAUGUUUGUUCAAAGCGGUUUACUAAUAUCUUCGCAAUGCGCCGUCAUCGCGCCAAAGCGCAUGACCAACCGCGCAACAGUCCCGUCGAACAGCCGACCCCAACACCUCCACUGCAACCGCCGUCACAGUCUCAGCCACAGCCACAUUCAUUUAAACUAGACACAGCUACAGCUGCUCAGGAUGAAUCAAAGCAUGAAGUAUCACAAGAUGCUACUACUAAACAAUUCCGAAUGCCUGAUGGAUUUCGGCAGGAUUUCACACUAGAGCAAGAAGAAGUGGCUUUCACCCCACAACCUCGAAAACUAUCACCGCAAUCGCAGCAACAGGCGCGUGAUGCAAAUUUCGCACACGAUAAGUUACGUCAUCUUGGCGUACUUAAUCCAGAAGCCUUCUGCGAAAUCUGUUGCAAGGAAUAUUGCAACAAGUAUUUCCUGCGUACACACAAAUGGAAACGUCAUGGUAUAUUUGUGCCCCCAGAUGAUUUGAAGAACGAACAACUGCAAUUGGUGCAGAAGACACCAUGGCCCUUCAUGGGUCUGCCGGGCCUGUCUGGUGUGCCAUUAAACCUCAUGAUGGCUAAUGACAAGACACUUAUGGCUCAACGCAUGUUUGCUGCCGCCACAGCAGCUACUUCUACAGCCAAUGCUAGCAUGGAUGACACACCACAACACAUAGCUAAACGCAUUAAGCUUGAGCAAGUUGACGACGAAGUGCGAGCAAAUGAUGAAAAUCAAGAGAAUAAAUGUUUGCUCAGACGUCAGUCUGCUGACCAGCAGCAGGAUCAGCAACAAACAGGUUCACAUAGCGUGCCGUCCACGCCGGAGCCACAGAAAAUAUUAGCGGAGUCCUACAACUCGGGUGCCAAUAUGCCAGCUAGUCCCGAGGCUGCAGUUGGUUUGCAAAAUUUGCAGAAACUUCAAUCCAUGAUACAGCAACUCAAUGACCUAAAUGGCAAACGUACAAUGGGCUGCCAUAUCUGUGGCAGAGAAAUGGAAAAUCAAUAUGCCCUGCAAGCUCACAUAAUGACUGAGCAUGCCGGUCUGUAUGAUGGAAGUACCACUUUGCCGCUCAACUUCCAACAACACCUUUUUCAACAGCACCAACACUUGCAGACGCAACAGCAACAACAACAGGCUCUCAAACUCUCCCCAUCGGACUCUCCCGGUGUCAUGCCACCACUGAACGAGAUGCGCUGCAAUCAGUGCGAUCGAGAAUUUGCCAGUAUACAAGAAUUCAAACAACAUAUCGCUGAAGUCCAUCUACUACCGGGCAGUCCACUACGCGAAGGUUUUGCCACUCCCGAACGUCCAAUAAACACGAAUGCUGCAACCACAGGUUCACGCCCGCCCUACACCAUCACACCGACAAGCAGCUACUGCGAAAUCUGCAAUAAGGAGCUGUGCAAUAAAUAUUUCAUGAAGACCCACAUGCAACGCAUGCACGGCAUCGAAAUCGAGAAUGGCGCACAGAUCGGUGGCGUUGUUUGCAAUAUCUGCAACAAAGAGCUAUGCAGCAAAUAUUUCCUGCGUGUGCACAAACACAACACGCAUGGCAUCGUCGACGAAGGCGCACCACUACCACAACCACGUCAAAAUGGGCUGAGCUUCGAAACUCAACAGCAGCAGCAGCAGCAGCAGCAGCAACAACAGCAACAACCACAGUUGGCAUCCACAGAAAACGACUUAAAUCGCGGACUCAACUUGAGUCCCUUCGGCAGUGGUAACUCCGUUGAAUCAAAAUCGGAUUACGCUAAUUAUACAGAAGUCUGCACAAUAUGUACACGUCGUUUCCGCAGCGCAAAAUGGCUGCGUGCUCAUUUGCUAAGCGAUCAUGGGCCAACGGGCAUUGAGAAACUACGCGAACUGGAACAGCAGUACGACCCGUUAGGUAAGUCUACUAGCCCUACACUCAAAAUACCAAACGGCUCUGCAAGUUCAAGCUCUAGCAGCGGCAGCGGCACUAACGCGAGUAAUGUCAACCCCACAGCCGGACUGUUAUCAAAUCCAACAAAUCUUGCUCAAGCUUUGCAAAAUCUAAAUGCACAGCACCUCCUUGGUAACAUGCCCAAAACUAUGUUGCCUGGCAUGUUCGGUGCGGUAGCCGAGCAAGCACUCCAAUCUCCACGACUGCAAGAGUACCAGUGCUCUAUGUGUCCUUUCACCACGCCAUACUAUGCUUUUCUAUUUAUACACGAGCGUUCACAUUCACUGCUCAGCGGCGGUACUGGUGAUCUGAGCACAGUUGCACAGGACCAACUAACGGGCGGUAGUAGUAAUAAAGAUGAAGCAAUCGGACACGAUGAGAGCAAGCCGAAGUUAGAUAGCACUAAUGUAGCAUUAGCAACCGACAAGUCUCACACGCUUCCACUGAUGCAAACUAACAAAGCGGCAACUGAGAGCGGUCGGGUCGAACCGACUAAUUUGUCAACACGCAACGCUACAGCUAUUGGCACAAGCAAAUCGAAGUCGACCAAAGAAAAUCAGGCACAACGCAAUGCUAAGCAAUCUGAGACAAAGGAUAACAACAAAGAAAUUACAGCUACCAAAGCUACAGCGCAUGCCAAAGUGGAUAAAACACGCACAAUCGCAACGUCACCUAUUGUCACAGCUACAAAUGUGCUCUCUCAAGAAACGCUCAAUGAGUUGGCGGAGAAAUGCGGCAAAAUAGCUUCGUAUGCGGUGCCAAAAGAUGUCUCCGGAGCAGCUACCGGAGCAGUAGACGGGGAACCACAAAUGCAAGCUUUUGUGUUGGAAAUGCAGCAGCAGCAGAUGGAUGCAGUGGCGAAUGACGUUGGCGAGGACAUGGAGGAGCAAUGUAACAGGUUUGUGCCCGCUAUAGUUUAUUUGCCCGUUACAAAACGCAUCUCAGGGCCUGUAACUGUGUCCUUUAACUUGACACCAGCCUAA